AGACACCGAUCCAAUCCUCACCAUGCUCCACUUGGUGGUUUUGAUGUGAAGACAACAACAACUAGGGGGGUUUGACCAUCGCAUUGCGCUGGAGAGCUUGUUUUGAGGUUUCGGUUUUGUGCUGAAUGGGUGAACGGUGAACGGGUCAUUUUCUAGAAAAAGCGGCUUGUUUUCGAUGCGGCGCAUACGCAUACAUAGCAUACAGCAUUGCACCAUUGAAGCAUUCAACAGCAUGCGAGCACCGCCCGCAAAUGUACCGCAGCAGCGGCCAGCACCACCUCCGCUUGUCGCGAGCAAGUGGGCCACACUUCGUGGGUCCCAACUCGAGGCGAAGGUGCCAGUUGCCCUGUUCGUGCUGUGCAAGACGGUGGUAGAAGAUGACCAGGGCGCUCUCUACCUCAAUGCCACAGUCGUUCAGAGGGUCCCGCUCGAAACCACCAGGCCGAUGCCCCCGCAGGACCAGCUAGAGAAGGACCUCUUGUUCGAAAUGAAGGUCAAAGGCCCCAGCGCAGGGGGCGGGAUUACGAGCCGAAGGAGGAGCGUGGAGGACGUUCGUGGGCGCAGUCAGCCUACCGUCAUGGUGUGUGAGACUCUAGACCUGAAGACCGCCCCGCUGGAUGUUCGCCAACAUUGGAACUGGUUUCCGUUUCGUAUCUUGAAAGCGACGAUCGACCUAGAGCUACAGGCAAAGAACGUCGACGUUGGGCGAACAAAAGUGCUCUUCUGCCCAGACCUCUGUGCGAGCAACAAGAAGGACAACGUCGCGAAGGUGCAGACGCGCGGUUCCCUCAGCCGAUCGAGCAAGCUGACGUUUCUGCAGGAGCAACCCAUCGUCCAUAUCGUGCAAGACAGAAGGUUCAAGAAGAAUCUAGAGCAGGCAGUGAAGGACGGACACAAGCAGCAGGCGGAGACCUACCAAGCAGACGUCGAGGCAGGCCUGCCACCAACGGUGGCCGACCCUGACGACAACUUGUUCGUCACGUACCCCCUGAUGAGGCUCACCUUCUACUUGUACGAGCCGCCCGCCAAGGCCAUGUUCAAAAUCGUCGGUCCGCUGUUUCUGGUAAUGUACCUGAUGCUGAUGAAUUUCAACGAGUUCUACGGAUUGCGUAACAUCUGGGACGACGGUUGUCCCGGGGAAGAACGAGACUCGGACUAUCUCGCCAACGGGAUCGGCAUUGCCAUCACGGCCGCUUUCGUGGUUCCUGCGAUUCGUGCGGACAGAAUGAAGUCGCCGUACAUCAGCUUUACUCGGGAUGACUUGAUGGCGGUGGCCUUUCUAAUAGGGCUUGCGCUGUCUACAUCACCGUACUGCCACUGGGCGAUAUCAGGAUGCUUCGUGAGCUUUCUGGUGGUUGUUAGUGCGGUCGUCGCGAGCGUGCGCCACUACUUCAAGUGCAAGCACCUGAGGAAAACUGUGAAGCAGCGCCCACCCGUGACGGUGGAGGUUAGCAGCAAGGAGGUCAAGGCCACGAGCUCGGAAUUCAACAUGAGCGAGUGGUUUCAUGCGAGCGUCUAG